AUGGUGCGCAACGCGGGACUGGCAGUCGCUAGUCUCCAGCGCAACCUUGGGGGUACAGGAUGGAGGGCUCGCCGCCUAUACGCGACGGCCGUUCUGCCGAUCGCAUUAUACGGGGCGCCAACCUGGGCGCCCCAGCUCAGCGCUUGCCGUGAGGGCCAACGAAGGCUGAGGCAGGCGCUGAGACCAAUGUUUAUAAGGAUGUCGAGAUCGUACAGAACGGUCUCGUACAUGGCGGCGAGCACCCUGGCCGGCUUCCCUCCCGUAGAGUUCAUUGCGGAGGAGCGCAGAGUCUUCUAUUGGAGGAUAAAGGAGCUCCGCGAUGAGGGGGGCCUUAGGGCCAGGGAUGUGCGGGCCUUAAAGUCUCAAGCCGUGGCCCGUACCCACGAGAUGUGGGCGGACAAAUUGUCCGACCCACGGGGGUACAGGCGUCAGACGGCGGAGGCCGUCCGCCCCUGCCUGCCAGAAUUGGCAGGCAGGAGGGGAUGCGGAUUGUCCUUUCAUCUGGUGCAGAUACUGACGGGCCAUGGAUGUUUUGGCAAGUAUCUGCACCAAAUAGGAAAGGAGCCCACAACCAGAUGCCAUCACUGCCCCGUGCUCAUGGACACGGCGCUCCACACCCUGGCCGCUUGUCCGGCCUGA